AUGUCGCACCUGACCCGUCGAUUCUUUGUCACAACAUCUCGCAAGCAAACCUCCGCAUUGGAAGCACGCAACGAACUGCUCACCCGCUUCCAGAACGGCCCAGUCUCCAUCCGGAAACAGCUUCUCGAUGCAAAUCAACUCCAUCUUUUAAAUGUGACACUGAAUCGCACACCCUCAUCUUUUAGUCUGCCCCCGGCCGGGACACCCAUCCCACCUGGUUAUCAUCUCGUCUACUUCACGCCUUCCAUUAUCGAAUCCGAAUUGGGCUUAGACGGCACGGAUCGCACUAUCAAUCCACUCCACCCAUUCACAAGACGAAUGUGGGCAGGAGGCGAGCUGCAAUGGGCAAAAGACCACAACGCGCUGCUGAGAGUAGGACAGGAAGUUGAGGAGACUACCAAGCUUCUUAGCGCGGAACCCAAGAAAUUGAAAAAUGGUGGAGAAAUGCUGGUAGUGGGAGUAGAAAAGACAUUUUCAAACGACCACGGCAUUGCAUUGACGGAUCGUCGCAAUUGGGUAUUUCAACGCGAACUCACGCCUGAGAAUCCGAUAAAAGCACCACCAAAACCGGAAGACGUGCCAUUGCCAAAGGGCCAGUAUCAACGGGAUUUCCGCCAGACACGGACAUCAUUGUUCCGAUUUUCAGCCUUGACAUUCAACGGACACAAGAUACAUUAUUUGCCUGAAUGGUGUAGGGAGGUUGAGGGACACCGCGACUCUGUUGUGCAUGGACCACUGAACUUGAUCAAUAUGUUAGACUUUUGGAGGGAUGCCAGCAAGAAUGGUGACACAGAAAUAGUACCAAAAUCUAUAGCGUACCGUGCUAUGAGCCCAUUGUAUGUUGAAGAGCCAUAUCGCAUACUGUUGAAAAACAACACGACCGAGCACCACAAUACAGCAGGGCAAGGAGAAUGGAAUGCUGAGGUCUGGGAUAGUUUUGGAAAGCAAAGUAUGAAGGGGACAAUUUUGGAGUAG